AUGUACAUGCUCCCCACACGCAUCUUUGCCUACAACAAUUCGAUCCCUCCGCUCGCCACUUCGCCUCGCAGCGCCAAGAACCUCGCUUCGCCCUCCUCUCCCACCUCCACCCUCCCUCGACCCGAGCUGCUCGUCAUCGCUCCGUCACUCCCUGAUCUCGAUGUACGCGCUCCAUUGCCUUUUCAAGACGACAUCGCAUGUGCAUGA